GCGAAGUACCCAACUCUUCUCGCACCUCCUUGCAACAGCCACAGGCACGUCCGCAUCACCGAGCGCAUGUCGUGAAGUUGGAGCACCAAUCGAGAAGGCUUAUCUAGUCGAGAGCGGGGGGCCAACGCUUAUCAGCAUCAACGCCUCACUCUAUCAGGGCUCACGCCGUAGACAAAUCUGCGAAGCGGCUCCUAUUAUAAAUGCACCUCGGUUCUCGCCAGCGAUGCAGCACCCCAGGCUCGAUAUCUCGUCUUGCACGCUCCUCCGCUCGCGAUGGCGAAGAAGACGUCUAGCACCAGUUACGUGUCCGCAAGCGGCGUCUCCGCCUAUCUAAGGCCGUCCGCAUGGGCUCUUGAGCCUGAGCCUUCGACAUUUGCGCCUAGUGGCAGGUGGUCGAACAAGGACAUGGAUCCCGUGCCUGUUCAUGCUCGAACGUGGUCGACGUGGAAUUAUGUCGCAUACUGGAUCUCGGAUGCGGCCAACGCUGCAGUGUGGGAACUCGCCUCCAGCAUGUUGUCCAUCGGAUUGUCAUGGCGACAAGCACUACCUGCGAUUGCCCUCGGGCAUUGCAUCAUAGCCAUUGUCAUGGUACUGAACGGGACGAUCGGCGCCCGCCUGCACGUUGCGUUCCCUGUGCUCAACCGCUCCUCGUUCGGCUUCUGGUUCAGCUACUUCACCGUCGUCAGCCGGGUCAUCCUAUCCCUGUUCUGGUUCAGCAUACAGUCAUACACAGGAUCAGAAUGUGUAUAUCAGAUGCUCAAAGCUAUCUGGCCGUCGUUGGACCGCUUGCCCAACCAUCUUCCAGCUAGUUCCAACAUUACCACCUCAGGAAUGAUGUGCUAUUUCCUGUACUGGCUCAUCCAGUUCCCCUUCAUGUUGAUCUCGCCACAGAAGAUCCGCUGGCUGUUCGUGGCGAAGGCGGCCAUCGUGCCGCCGACAUGGCUCGCAAUGCUCAUCUGGGCAUUCGUCAAGGUUCCAUCGAGCAAAGGCCUGUUCGAGCAGCAUGCGACCGUCAAGGGAAGCGACAUGUCAUGGGCAUGGCUUAGCGCUUUGAACAGCGCCCUCGGCAUCUACUCCACGCUGGCUGUCAACAUCCCGGAUUUCACGAGAUACGCCAAGAACGAGCGAGCCCAAUAUGUCCAACUCGCGAUCAUUCCCGUCGCCUUCACGCUCUGCGGGUUCAUCGGCAUGGCAGUGACGUCCGCUGGGAUCGUGCUCUACGGACAGACGCUGUGGGAUCCGCUCACGCUCAUCAACCAGUGGGACAACCGAGCGGCAGCGUUCUUCGCGUCAUUCGCGUUCGUCCUCACCACGCUCGGCACGAACAUCUCCGCCAACUCGAUGUCCGCCGCGAACGACAUGACCGUGCUCUUCCCGCGGUAUAUCAACAUCAGACGCGGGCAGGUGUUAUGUGCGCUGAUUGGUGGGUGGGCGCUGUGCCCAUGGGAGAUUCUGGCGAGUGCUACGGGAUUCCUCACGUUCAUUAAUGGUUAUACGGUCUUCCUUGGACCGUUUGCCGGCAUUAUGGUCACCGAUUACUGGCUGAUCCACAAAUGCCAUGUUGACGUGCCCGCAAUGUAUCGCCCUCAUGGACGUUAUCGCUACACCUACGGCUUUAACUGGCGCGCAGUCCUGGCUAUCCUCUGCUCCGUCCCGCCGCUCUUCCCUGGCUGGAUCAAUUCGAUCAACAUUAACAUCCAAGCAGGCAGGGCUGUCAACCUUUUCGACUUUGCAUGGCUAUUCGGGUGUCGGCCCUCUUUUCAGUUCACAGUCGCCUCGACAGUGUACGCUGUCACGUCUUUGCUGUUCCCGGCGAAAGAGACGUACAUACCUGAGGCGAUUCUGGCGGACGAUGUUGCAAGUCAGGCAACAGAGACGGACGUUGAGGAUGAGAAAAAGAGCAUACAGGACGAGGUCAACGAGGUUUUGGCUUGA